CGUCUCUCCCCUUCGUCUCCUUCAGUCUCCCCUUUCAUCCCUGCAUCUCGUCCUCCAUCGGAGUACUACUACCACCAUGUCCGACCCCCCUCACACGGCCAUCCCUCUCCAUCACCUCCCAGCCUCCGUGUCCUACAAUGCCGCCACCACCACCGCCCUCGAAUCCCGUCUCAGCACCACCUCCGACGAGGAAUCUCACCCUCCCCCGCGUUACACCCCGGAAAAUGAUCCCUUCCAAUUGGCCUCGAAGCUGAAAUCCGCCGAAGAAAUCGCGCAGAUGCAACCCCAGGCCAACAUCUCCCGCAAACGCGACCGAGCUGGCUGUCUCCCACACACCGCCAACCCCCGCCACGCCCUGGCCUCCUCAAUGGCUUCCAAGGAAUUGCAAUCCUUCUACGAGGCCCAGAAUGAAAACAUCCAACGCAUGCUCAAACCCGUCGAAGAACACGUCCGGGACGCCCGCGAAACCAACAGCAGCAACCAACUGAAAUACAAAAUCGCCGUCUGGGGCUCUUUCGCCGCCAAUGUCAUCCUCUGCGUCCUCCAACUCUACGGCGCCAUCUCCUCCAGCUCCCUCUCCCUGUACACCACCAUGGCCGACGCUGUCUUCGACCCGCUCUCCAACAUCACCCUCCUCCUCUCCAACAAGGCCGUCAACCGCGUCGACCCGCGCAAAUUCCCCGCCGGCAAGGCCCGCAUCGAAACCGCCGGCAACAUCUGCUUCUGUUUCCUCAUGACCGCCGUGUCCUUCAUCCUGAUCGCCUUCUCGGUCCGCGAACUCAUCGAGGGAUCCACCUCCGAGACGGGCUCCUUCCACCUCCCGUCCGUCGUCGCCGUCAUCGUGGCCUUUUGCACCAAGUUCGCGCUCUUCGUGUACUGCUUCGCCUUGCGACACCAGUACUCCCAGGUGCUCAUCCUCUGGGAAGAUCACCGCAAUGACCUCUUCAUCAACGGAUUCGGUAUCCUCACCAGCGUCGGCGGCGGCAAGUUACGCUGGUGGAUCGAUCCCGCGGGGGCCAUUGUGCUCUCCGUGCUCGUCAGUUGUCUGUGGUUGUUUAGCGCCUAUCGCGAGUUUCAGUUGCUGAUUGGCGUGACGGCUGAUACCAAGAUGCAGCAGCUGAUCACCUACAUCUCAAUGACCCACUCCCCCCUCAUCACCGCCAUCGACACCGUCCGCGCAUACACCUCCGGCCCUCGGCUCCUCGUCGAAGUCGACAUCGUCAUGGACCCGAAUGAUUCCCUCCGAGCCACCCACGACGUCGCUGAGGAAUUGCAGAUGAAGUUGGAGUCGUUGCCGGAUGUGGAGCGCGCGUAUGUGCAUGUGGAUUAUGAAACUACUCAUAAGCCGGAACACUUUUUGAAGAAGGAGUUGUGAUGCUCCCUACUCCGGACAAAGAAGUGAACAUAAAUGUCUAUCUAGUUAGUUGAGUCGCUUGGGUAGUUGUGAGCAGGUGUCGUACAUACAUACAUACAUACAUAC